GAAGUUACAAACACAUACACAUACAUAACAUCUUGUGAUUUCCCUUGGAACUGCACUGAAUGUAUAGAACUUAGGGGAGAUUUUCCAGUUUUGUGAAUGUUUGUCCUCCAAUCACCAAACAGGGAUUUCCGAUUUAUUGAAGUUUCAACUUACUAUUCCUUUUCUCUUGUCCUUGGGAUUUUCAUUAAUUACUUUUUUUUAUGGGAUCAGUAAUACAUUUUAGUUUAGAAUCUGAGCAUUUUUCAGAGAAGUACUAAUAUAUAUUUCAGGAUAUCUAAUCUAGCAUCCUACCAGAAAUAGAGGACCUAUGUAGAGUAUUAUUAUAUGAAAGUUUCUAUUUAAGGGUAUGUGAAUACUUUAAAUUUAGUUUCUCUGCCACCUUGUACAUGUAUACUUGUAAAAUAUUUAUUUGUUUGUUUGUUUGUUUAUUGUCUAGGUGGGAAAUGUUAACCAAUGAAAGAGCCCAUUUUUGGUCAGGAGGGAUUUCACGAAGUAAGUCUGAGGGAUAUUUAUGUGACAUGGAAGGUCAAAAAUCCUCAAGAAAUUUCCAUAUUACAGAAUGUCCAGACCCAGGAUUUCUUCUCAAUUGGCCAGAUGCUUUCACCUGUCAUGGCAAUAGUGCUUCCAAAAUUACAAAUCCAUUCUGGAAUGAAUUGUCUGCUUCUAACCCAUUUUUGGAUGACAUAACUCAGCUAAGAAAUAACCAGAAGAGAGACAACAUUUCCAUCUUGAAGGAAGAUCCUUUUCUCUUUUUUAGAGAAAUAGAAAUCGGAAAUUCUUUUGAUUCCUCUGGCGAUGAACUGGACGUGCAUCAGUUGCUUAGGCAGUCUUCCCCACGGAAAGCUGGAAGAUCUAAAAGUGUUUCAGAACUUUUGGACAUUUUAGAUGACACAGCACAUGCCCAUCAGAAUAUACAUAACUCUGACCAGAUACUAGAACAAGACUUAGAAUGGCUUCAGAAUGACAGAGAGGCUUAUAAAAUGGCUUGGUUAAGUCAGCGCCAGCUGGCCCGUUCCUGCCUGGAUUUGAAUAUAAUUAAUCAGAGUCCUGGAUGGGCCCAAACACAAGUUGCAGAGACUGUGACAGUUUGUAAGUUAAGCCACCAAGGAGGAUCAGUACAAUUACCUGAAUCAGAUAUCACUGUUCAUGUACCCCAAGGCCAUGUAGCUGUGGGAGAAUUCCAAGAGGUAUCUCUAAGGGCUUUUCUCGAACCUCCACAAACGCUUAACCAUGAUCUUUCAUGCACCGUAAGCCCACUGUUGGAAAUCAUGUUAGGCAACCUUAACACAAUGGAAGCCAUUUUGCUGGAGAUGAAAAUAGGGGCUGAAGUGAGAAAGGAUCCUUUCAGCCAAGUCAUGACAGAAAUGGUAUGUUUACACAGCUUGGGUAAAGAAGGCCCUUUCAAAGUGUUAAACAACUGCUAUAUUUAUGAAGACAUUAUUCAAGUCAAGCUAAUAGACUUGAGCCAGGUGAUGUAUCUAGUGGUUGCUGCACAAAUUAAAGCUACUCAGUCACCAGCUGCCACCAUUUGGGAUUGUAUCCACAAAACCACGUCAGUUGGAAUUUAUGGGCCCAGAUAUAUUCAUCCCAGUUUCACUGCUAUUUUUAUAGUUUGUGGACACAGUUAUAUGCCAGGAAAGCUUACAAUCUCUGAUAUUAAGAAGGGUGGUAAAAACACAUCUCCGGUUGUGUUUCAGCUUUGGGGGAAGCAUUCAUUCUUCCUUGACAAGCCACAAGAUUUAAAUAUUUCUGUUUUUUCAUGUGAUCCUGAUUUUGAAGUGAAGGCACAAGGAGAAAGGAAAGAAAUUAAACAAAAGCAGUUGCAAGCAGGUGAAGUAGUUAAUCAACAAUUUUUAUUUUCCUUAGUUGACUCCAGAGAAAUGCACUUGUUUGUUUUCCGUGUUCAGGUGGAGCCUCCCAAUGGUAGAGCACUUACACAGUUCUUUAUCACUACACCUGAUCCAGCUCCAAGCCUAAAAAGGCUCUCAAAUCUGCCAGGUAAUUUGCAGGAAGAGAAGAAAAUCAGGUCUGCUCCAUUGUUACCAACAGUGUGUAUUAAAUAUCCCACAUUUCAGGACAAAAAAAUGAACUUCACCAACUAUGGGGUAACCUUGAAGACAGUGCUAAGACAAAAAAAGAUUGACUACUUACUUGAAUAUUUCAAAGGGGACACAGUAGCUCUUCUUGGAGAGGGUAAGGUAAAAGCUAUUGGGCAGUCCAAAGUGAAAGAAUGGUAUGUGGGAAUCUUGAGAGGUAAGGUUGGACUUAUACAUUGCAAAAAUAUCAAGGUGAUUGCCAAGGAACAAGUAAUAUCUAUGUCAGAUAAUGUCUUCACAACCAGAAAUCUUCUUGAACAAAUUACCCUACCCUUUAAAAAACUGACGUACAUCUACUCAGUUGUAUUGACCUUGGUGUCAGAAAAAGUUUACGAUUGGAAAGCUUUAGCCGAUGUCUUGGGUUACUCACAUCUGGCACUAGAAGAUUUUGAUCAAAUACAAGCAGACACAGAAUCGGAAAAGGUUUGCUAUGUCGUAAAGAAGUUAAAGGAAGAUUGCCAUGCAGCUAGACACACCAGGAAGUUUCUUUAUGAACUUAUUGUGGCUCUGCUGAAGAUGGAUUGCCAAGGGUUAGUAGCACAGCUCAUCCAAGAGGCUGCUAUUCUGACAUCAGCUGUCAAACUUGGAAAAGGCUGGAGGGAACUAGCUGAAAAGUUAGUGCGACUCACAAAGCAACAGAUGGAGGCAUAUGAAAUUCCUCAUCGAGGAAAAGCUGGAGGUAUUGCUGUUGAGAUGAUGUGGAAACCUGCUUAUGAUUUUCUCUAUACUUGGGGUGCUCACUAUGGAAGUAGCUACAGAGACGUGUUACAAGACCUUCAAUCGGCUUUGGACAGAAUGAAAAACCCUGUGACCAAGCAGUGGCGAGAGUUAACUGGAGCUUUAAUACUGAUACAUUCCUUAGAGUUUUUGAGAGCAACUGCAUUCUCUACUUCUGAGGAAGUAUAGGGUAUGUUUUGGGGAAGAGGGAGAACGGUAGGAGGGAAAUGGAGUGCGUGUGUGUGUAUGUGUGUGUGUGCAUGUGGUGUGUGCACACACACGCGUACAUAAAGAAUCUCAGAAAAGUAUUACUUUUUUUUCAUUUGUCAAAAAAUAUUUUUUCCUGGUGAAAGCACAGCUUAACACAAAAGCCAAGGAUACAUUUUAUAAUUAAACAUGUAAUUUUAUAUGUUUCAAAUGCAAACAUUAAGCCAUUUUGUUGUUGAGAAAGGACAAUAAAACCCUUGCCCCUUUCAAAGUUGCUUUAAUUUCUUUAAGUCAAAACAAAUGGCUGUUAGCAUAAUUACCUCACACAGUUACCUAGAUAAACUAGAGGCUCCCAGUGUGAACACUGGAGUUUUACUUGUAGCGGGUCUAGAGAGAGGAGAAGCAAACACAUACUCUGUGCACAGGCACAGAGCCACAAGCUUUCUAUAUUCCAUCUUUUUUAUUUAUUAGUGGAGUUUGCUAACAUUAUUCCCAUUUUUCAUCUGAAAAGACUAAGGUGGUGAGGACACUCAGGGCAAAUAGCCAAUGGGAAAUAAGUUUUCUGUCUGCAAAAUCUGGUUUUAUUAUUUUUUUUAAGCAUAGCACAUAGCAAAAUAGUAAAAAACUAAAAGUGCACAUUAAAACUUAUAGGGACAUAGUAGCAACUUCAUUUUAAGUGAAACUUGCUGCACUUUUCCACCAUCUAUUGAAAGACUGCCAGAAAAAAAAAUAUGACUGAUCAUCAGAAAUCUGUUGUUUGCAUCCAUGGACUAGAGUUUUCACCAUCUUCCUUCCCCUAGCAUCUUGGGACAUAGCUAACCCUGCCUAACUUGGAUUUUUUCUUCAGGAUCAUUGUGCAGAGCAGUUCUUUAACUCUCAGGGAUUUUUAAUAAGAAGAAUUAUUUUUAAAAUUUUUUAACGUUUAUUUAUUUUUGAGACAGAGAGAGACAGAGCAUGAACAGGGGAGGGUCAGAGAGAGAGGGAGACACAGAAUCCGAAACAGGCUCCAGGCUCUGAGCUGUCAGCACAGAGCCCAACGCGGGGCUCGAACUCACGGACCGUGAGAUCAUGACCUGAGCCGAAGUCGGACGCUUAACCGACUGAGCCACCCAGGCACCCCAAGAAGAAUUAUUUUUUAAAAACCUGACUUAUCACUGUUGAAUGAAGCAGUCGUAACCACCCAAAACACUGAUAUCUGUGGGUGUGAAUGCUCAUGUGCUCAUACAAACACACGUGUGUGUGUGUGUGUGUGUGUGUGUGUGUGUGUGUAUGUGUUUACCAGAGUGUUUCAGAAGCUUUUGCAAGACAGAGAUUACAUAGGGAAUUAGGGCAGUGCAAAUGCUAACUGCUGGUAGAGUUCACAAAGAGAUGGUUUGUGCUUACUCAUAUGUUCAAACCUUUGGCCACAUGCCAGUGUUUAUGUGCUUUGGACAGUCAUUCAUUUAUUGUAUUUAAUCAACAGAUGGAGUAUGUGUACCUUCUCUGUGGCAGGCACGUAGAUGCUUGAGGUUAAUAGUGGUGGAAGAAAGAGCAUGAUCCCUGACUUCAGUAUUGCUAAGUUAUAGAGACAGGCAACAAUUUAAAACACUAUACAAUUAAAUGUAAAAUUAGAUCUGUAACAACAGUUACAAUGGACAGGCCGGAAUGCCAAGGGAUAUAGAUAUGAAAGGCCAUUUAUGAAUCCAAAGGGUCAGGGAUGUUUUCUCUGGGAAAGAAAUGGUGAACCGAAGGAGGAUCAAGCACUGCUUUUAGUCCAGGGAAGGUAGAAGAGGUCGUUCCUCAAUGCAUUGAAGCCCUGAGGCAGGAGGGAAACUCCAGAGAUGCAGAGAGCCAGAGUGAAGGGUUUGAAGGGGUGAAGAAGUGAAGGAAGGAAAGACACACCCUCAAAGGUAAUAUAAUGAGCUGAAUAAGGAUUUUGUUUGGGGAUCCUGAAUAAAACAUAUCCAUUUGGCUAAAAAGUAAAAGCAGAAUCUUUUUAGAGCUUUUAAUACACCUACCCUGGGGUAUUUCUUAUGCUGGCAAAGGUAAUUUGAAUUAGGUUUAAGAACAGUCUUUAAGGCUUUCAAUAUUUAUAUUUGAUAAUAAGAGAACAUAGCCUGCCCAGGGAGUUAUGUACACACAUUCAAGGACAGAAUUUAUUUUAGUUGAAAAUAAAUUCAGGGAGAGGGAGGAAAGAAAUAGUUUGUAAGUUCAGGACACAAUCAUUUUUAGUGGUGAUUUUGCUUUCCUUAGAACAUUCUUGGAAUCUUAUUAACAUGUCAGCAAACCAGAGAAUUUCGGGAAGAGAUAGUAAGGAAUUAAUAACUGGGUUUUUCCAGGCUCCAAGAUCUGAGAAGACAGAGAUCUUGUUAGCUGAUUAGGGUAGUAAGAUUAAACAAAUCACUUCAGGUUUACAUCGCAUCAUGUGUUGUGACUGUGGCUGGGAAGUUUAAAAAGAGUUUAAAAAAUGAAAAACAUGAAGUGCAACUUAAGGAUGAAGCAUUGGCUUACAUAUUAAUAUAUACAAAGAUAUCUUAUAGUCUUGUAACAAAUCCUUCCAGAGGAAUUUUAAACCCAUGUCCAAACAUUCUGUUCUUAUAAAUAUAUUCUAAUAUUUUUAUGAAUCACUUUUAUUUUUCUGAAUUUUAUAUUUUUCUUCCUAUAAUGGAUUUCAUAAUCAGAAAAGAUUAACUCAGUAAUCAUGAAUUUCCUUUAAUAUUUGGCAGCAAAUCAAGGGAAUUAAUAAGGUACUUAAAUUCCAUCCUUGACAUCAUUAAAAGCAUCAAAAGCCAUUAAUCUAAAACUUCUUAAACACUUCCAAAGUGGAAAAAUCAUAGUUCUUUCAGUACCUCAGGCUUUUUCUCUAAUGAUGCAUUAGGAUGAGAUUUUAGUUCAGUGCUCAGCUUGCAAUGUAACAGUUUUUCAAUGGAAGCCACAGAUCCUCCACUUCCUGUGUUAAAGCCUUAAUAUGGAGGCCAAUUAAGGAGGUGCGUGCAACAGCAGAUAAUUAACUGUUCAUACCCAGCGGGAUGGAUACAGCACAUUUUCAUGUCCUGUAAUGUAGAAAAUACCAUAUGAAGUUUUGACCUUGACAAUGCCUAGAUUUCUGGAAGGGGCAGAAUGUAGUACAUCAAUGGAUGGCAUUGGUCUAAGAAAUGCCACUGCUAAUAAACAGGUUUGAAUAUGUGAUAUGAAAAUACAAUAGAAAAAGAAAAUACAACAGAGAGAAUAUAUUCAAAUCAUACUAUGCUGUAACUAGAAGGUUCAAAACUUGAAUUUUCAUACUGUGCUACUGUAAUUUGUAUUUUCCGUAAUUUUUUAAUGUCUAAGGAAUAUUUGAGGCAAUAUAAAGAAAAAGGAGAAUAAUGAAAACAUGUUGCUAGAGGCUUUUCUAGUUAAAAUAGAUGUUUUUUUUUCUUAUUCCCACAUAAUUUGCCCUUCUUCUAUAUGAAGUUGUUUCCCAUGUUAGUGAAGUUCCAAAGAUCAUAUAUUACCAUUAUGUUAGGUGAGGUUAACUCAAAGACAUUCUUCAGAAUAAAGUAAUUGUUGAGGGUUGGUUUCUUGCAUGUAUACAUAUUAGUGCACAACACAAAAUAAAAAGUGACUAUGUGUACACAGGAAACUUGAAUUUGUACAUAUCUAGCACCUGAUGUUUGUCUCAUAUUCAAGCAUCAAGAUUUCACUAAAUGUACAAAUCUGUGGCUUUUGCAUGUAUUUUUUACGUUGAUUUUCUAUUUAUGUAUACCUAGGCUUAUGUAAUCCAGAAGGUUUUUCACCUAAAAGCUUUGCAAUUCUGAAUAAUAGUGUCAGUUCAUAUAUGAGGGGGUGAGGAUGGAAAUAU